AUGAGUUUCGCGAUCAACGUGGGCCACUCCAGUGACCUCAUCGCACUGCACUUCAACCCACGCUUCAACUAUGCUGGGGACGUCCGCACCAUCGUCCUGAACACCAAAAAAGAUGAAACCUGGCAAGAAGAGCAGAGAAGCAAAGAAUUCCCCUUUGAGGCAGGGAAGGACUUUGAGGUGACCAUUGUCUUCAACUCUGACACUUUUGACAUUUAUCUGUCAAAUGGCAGCAUGGUGCAGUUCCCCAACCGUCUGGGUAGCAUGGCAUACAAAUACAUUUCGUUUGGGGGAGAAGCCAGGGUCCGAGACAUAAGUGUGAGAUCAUCUGACAAACCAACCAAGAGAUAGACAUCCCACUUCUGACUCCCGGUUGGCUGCUCGGCUCCCUGCUUCGAUCCCUGCAGAUCCCAGUGCUUCUGUCUGUACAAUCUCACUCAGCAUGGAAGUUAAUAAAUAGCUAGCAACUAAA